UCAAAAGGCUUAUAUGUAGAGCAGAACAAAUAAAGUUGAAACAAGUAAGAAAGUAAAUAAAAAACAAGUAAGUAAGGUUUUGCAACUUGACUGGACCAAAACCAAUAUCUUAAAGUAAAAACCGUCAAACAGAGAUACGGAAUCCAAGCAAUUUUAUUUAUACACUGAAAGGGAAACAUUAGCCAAUAAUUUUAUAAGAUAAUCAAAACUAAUGCGUCCAGUUAUGCACACCAACGCGACCUCACAGCAGCCAGUCUGUUCAGCUAUAAAAGCCCUGUACGCGUUGCCGUUCAGUGUCAUUCCUUAAAACGAAUUCAGCAGGAAUCAGUCGCAAAAUCACAACCACAAUAACUGAAAAUGAAGCAAUUUUUUAUAACCAAUUCAUUUGUUGCCAAUGGAUGCUCUUCAAAAGGUAAGACCAUCCACGGGCAAUGUUCUCCAAAGGACAAAAUGGUACAGAAGUCGAAAUCUUCCACAUUUUUUCGUCCAUGGGUCAAUGAGAAAACCGAAGCUAAUUCUUGUCAAUCGCAGGUAGAACAGGUAAGGAGCACGCUUCAGGAUCAACAUUUGAGAUACCCAGCACAGAAGGUGGUAAGCUCUAAUAAUGUGAGAAGUGUACCUGCAACAACGACCAUUCCGCCAUCAAGUAUGGCAGCCAUACAACAAUCAAUGGUUUAUGCAAAUGCUAUUCAUAUCUCGCCACCGUCACUCACACCACCGAACUCACCACUUGACGAACGCUAUGGAGACUUUACCAUGAACAGGAGCCCUCUCUAUGCUCAGCCGCCAUAUGUGAACAGUGCAGGGAAUAUGCCUACAUAUUCAGCAAAUUACCGACCCACUAACCAAUAUACAAUACCAAUGAUGAAUAUUUUACACACACAACGACAGGUGCUUAUACCAGCACAGCCAGGAAUUGCCCAGCCGGGUUUCACACAUAAUGUGGUUAAUACGCCACCCUACACCGCUUUCCCAACGAAUUCAACAGCAGGUCAAUACUACCAUACAAACGUCGCACCGCCUUGGUCAAACCUAGCCUACACGAAUUAUCCAAUUGCAAUGCAGCAAGAACGAGCCACAUCAGCACCCCCAUCCCCGACAAGGGCACAUCAGCCUAAAGAGUGUGUAGGAAUGCCAAGAUCCAGGAGUUUCCCGGAUAGCACCGCAUUGAACGCGCUGGUGACCCAAGCUAACAUGAAUAACAAAACAUUCUACCCAGAAGUUCAAGUUGUCUCAAUGUCACCUCAGUACUAUAAUGAACCCAAAAAUCAAGCCAAGAUCACCGAAAAUCCUCGACCGCAACAAACCGUUCAGCCAACUAUCUUUAACAAGACUUCUUCACCAGAACCUACCGCGACAAAAACAUUGUUGCCGGAGGCGACGCCGGCUUUCUGCAACUCUACUAAGCGCAAACCUAUUGAAUAUCUAGCCGGCAAGUUAACAGCAUCUGGAAAGAAAGUUAAAAUGAUGUCUUCCGCAAUUAAGUUAGAAGAUAUAUUAAAGUAUAGGCCGAAUAUGGUACGCCAUCGCCCGAAGAAGGAAGAAACGGUGGAGCAACAACUUGCCCGCGAACAAAACACUAUCGCUUGUCGAAAAUAUAGACGCAUGCGAAGAAUUGCUAAAAUUUUGGAACAGGAAAUGGUUGAGGCAGAAUCAGUAAACCACAUCGUGGACAUUUUAUGAUGAAAUACAACAAUUUUUAAAAUUGUAUUAAAUACGUAUAUAUUUAUAAA